AGACUGGCUCCUCGCGCCCCCCCCCCGGGCCGCCGCGAGCUGCUCCCCAGCUGCCCGCCAGCUCUUCCGUCGCCGAGCCCGCAGGGCCUCUCGACGGAGAGGGGCGUGCCACGCAGAGGAGUCGAGGGGGAGCCUGAUCCAUAGCCACCGCUUGGAGGAUCGAUCUUCGGGGACCUCUCGACGGAGAGGGGCGUGCCACGCAGAGGAUGCUCGAGGCGGCCGCGGGGCGCUCGCAGGGCCGCGGGCCCGAGGCCCCGCGGGCCCCGCUGGCCGCGCCGCCUCGCCCGCCGGGCAGGCCGGCGGGGCCGCCGCCGCCGCCCGCGGCCGGCUGGCUGCGGGGCGUGCGCUGGCGCCUGCAGUGCGCCGCGCUGGGGCAGCUGAGGCCAGGGGGCAACGUCAGGGGGGGACUGGGCCCCCCUCGGGCCAUCUGGGAGGUCACCGAGCUGCUGGUCCGAGAAGCGGGGGGACGCCACGUGCAUCGACGCGCUCCGCGCGCAGACCAUCUUCGAGGGCUUCGCCGAGGUGCUCCGGAUCGAGACCGCCCCGGGGCCCCUGAGGCUGCAGGUACUGCAGUCGAUCUCGAUCCUGAUGCAGGACUGCGGCCUGAAGCUGCGGCCGUCCGUGGACUACCUCAUCAGCGUCCUCAACCCCCUCUUCGAGUUCCCACCCAGCCUCUCCGAAGAGGAGCCGCUGGCGCAGUUCGUGACCAUCCUGAAACGACUGGCCCUGACGCUGAACGGCACGAACGUGCAGCCCCUCCUGGUCCCCGUGCUCGGGCUGGAGGCCGCAUGCCCGAUGACCCCCGGGCCCAGCGCCGCCGCCAGCGGCACCCACAUCGUGCAGAUGCCCAUGUUCGCCUGCGCCGUGGGCCUCAUGGCGCACAGCGACCCGAUGGUCCAGACGACGGCCCGCGUCGUGGUCCUGACGGUCCUCCGGCUCGACUGCCCGGGCGUCAGGAGCGCCGUGCAGGAGACCGUUCAGCGCGACCUCGCUCCCCUGGUCGUCAGGAUCUCUCGCUGCCCGGUGAAGCUGCGCGAGCUGGUCAGGGGAAGGUGCCAGUGGAGGAGAGACGGCACGCUCCUGAGGCGGUGGAGCGUGGAGAUGCACCCGUCUGAGGUUGUCGCGAGUCUUCGCGACAGUGGCCUCAGCGGCCGGUUGCACGACUCGGGGUGCCACUGCGACUGGCAAGACGUCCCCGUGAUGUUGUCGUUCCUCCCCUCUGGUGAGCGCGUUCGCUAUGAAGGGAUCGCAGAUGCCGCCGCUGCCCUGGAGGACGCCAUGCACCAGGACCUGGAGGUGUUUGCCGAGUUCGUCCAGGAGCUGCUGGACCUGAACGUCCCAGACGUCACCGAGGGCCUGUACAGCGCUGGCCUCCACACUGGACCCCAGGAGCUCCCCGCGGCCGAGGGCCGGCCGCAGGCGGCCGCCCCCCGGCCCCCCCCGGCGGCCCCGCGGGUGCUGGCGGCCGGGGGCGCCUCGAUCGGGGAGGUGGCGGGCCGGGGCCGCGAGGCCCGUGGCGCGCCCGCGUCGGAGGGCUACAGGAUCGGCGACUUCACCCGUGGCCUCAUGGCCAUGGGCCAGGAGGCCCGCGGCGCCUGCGAUGGUUAUAGGUUCGGUGACAUCAGCCGCGGCAUUUCGGCGAUGCUGGGCGGUGCAGUAGCUGUGGGGCGUCAAGGCGUGGACGUGGGUGCACCCCGCUGCGGAGGUCUUACUAUGCUCGAUCAGAACAUGACCGCAGACAUCGUGCCAAUUGUUCCCAACAUGGCUGCAGACAUCUUGGACUGCUGGCGGUGUCGAUCUGGCGGCGAUCACUCGCCUGCGGAGAUGGAACUCGAGGAGCGGGCGCUUAGGGAAGAGGAGGCCUUUCAAGCUGGAGCCUGAACGUGCGAUGAAGGCGCCGAGUCGUGUUAUCCCAAGCGCGGCGACGUGAUAUCUGUGUUACUGCCGUGUUUCGCCCGAAUGCGCUAAGCUCCGCGCAGCAAUAUGAAGACCAGCUGGCGACGACGCCGCCACGCCGUCGAAUGGCAGCGGCUAUUUCCAGACGUGGAAGGUCAUUGUCUGGCCGCAUUGCCGUUCCCACAGCACCAUGAUUGCCGCAUUGCAUGCCGAUGCGCCUUGAUUGGGACGACUCCGUAGUUAGUAUCAUCGUUUCUCCGUCCUGCUCCUUCUCCUAUUACUUCGCUCCAGCGUCUCCGCGCUCGUUUCGAGCGGCAGUUUGGUCAUGCGGCCUCCCCGCUGUACAGUUGUGGUGGUCUGCCAUGGACAGAGACCAUGCCGUUCUCAUGAGUAUGACUUCGUAGUAUUUAAUGUUUGCCUGCCUUCAUGGUGCUCGCUAGCUCGAUGGGUCGAUGAAUCAGGCGGUCGUUAUUCAGGCAUGCCAUUUCCAUUGCUGUUGCAGGCAAGAGGUGUCAAGAGAGGGCUGUCCAGAGUUCGCGCUGGCCGUAUUGAACAUGCCCUCUUGAUAUUGCACGCAUGUGAUGUAUGAUUGUACGCAGGGGUUCGCAUACCACUACGCCUAGUUAUGAUCUUUCUUGUUCAUAUGCGACGUCGAUCAUACGCUUGACAUGUUCGCAACGCUCGCGAAAAUACAGGAGUAUGCGGAGGAGUGGGGGACGGAGACGAAGGGACGACCAUUCCCCCUAACUAGGCUUUGCCUGGGGGUGUCCUAGUUCCUAUCCGUUCUGUGCAAGGGAAACGAUCGCGAUUACCUGCCGUCCGGGUGCAUUCCCAAGGGUUGCUCGG